UUCCUGUUUGCAACAAUUCGAUCAAAGUGAAACCAGUGAACGAGUGGAACAGGUUGUGAGUAAUAGUGCAGAGGAGUGAUAUUUAGGAGAAUGGAAAAAGCUAAUCUUAUUUAUUUAACGUUGUCUUUUUAGCACAGACACAGACCAAGUUUAUCUUCUUAGCAGAAUGAGGGUUUUGCUUGUUGUCAGCGCUCUCGUGGCUCUGGCCAGUGCAGCCAGCGUCUCUUUGGAGGACCUGGAGUUUCACUCCUGGAAACUGAAAUUUGGUAAAAUCUAUGAGUCUGUAGAGGAGGAGUCUCAGCGUAAGAAUACAUGGCUAGAAAAUCGCAAGCUUGUUCUGGUUCACAACAUGCUGGCUGACCAGGGCAUUAAGAGCUACAGACUUGGCAUGACCUACUUUGCAGACAUGAGCAACCUGGAAUACAGACAGACUGUGUUUAAGGGCUGCCUGGGAGCCUUCAACAGGACCAAGAGACACAGUUCAGUAACAUUCCUCCGACAGGCAAUAGGAGCUGUUCUGCCAGAUACUGUGGACUGGAGGGAAAAGGGCUAUGUCACUGAUGUUAAAGACCAGAAGCGUUGUGGCUCUUGCUGGGCCUUCAGUGCGACAGGGGCACUGGAGGGUCAGACAUUCAGAAAAACUGCGCAACUGGUGUCACUCAGCGAGCAGCAGCUGGUAGACUGCUCUGGAAAAACUGGUAACCUUGGCUGUAAUGGAGGCUGGAUGGACUGGGCAUUUGAAUACGUAAUAGAAAAUGGGGGACUGGACACAGAAGACUCCUACCCUUAUGAAGCCAAGGAUGGACCUUGCAGAUAUAAUCCAGCUAGUGUCGGAGCCACUUGCACUGGCUAUGUGGACAUAAACGCUCAAGAUGAGAGUGCUUUGCUGGAAGCUGUGGCCACCAUCGGACCCAUUUCUGUCGCAAUAGAUGCAGGCCACAUAUCCUUCCAGCUCUAUGAAUCAGGUGUCUAUGAUGAACCUGACUGUAGCAGCACUGAGCUGGACCAUGGUGUCCUGGCUGUUGGUUAUGGGACUGAGGAUGGACAGGAUUAUUGGCUGGUGAAGAACAGCUGGGGUCUUACAUGGGGACAUAAGGGCUAUAUCAUGAUGUCAAGAAACAAGAAUAACCAGUGUGGUAUUGCCACAAAAGCCAGCUAUCCUCUGGUUUAAACUAUGAGACACAUAUCAGAAACCUUAUUUUCCCUUUUCAUUAUCACCUUGUUAAAGAUGAUCUUUUUUGACUGCAAAUUAUUUAUCAAUAAAUUUGUUCUGAUCGUACUUAAUAUGUCUGAAUGUGAACCAGUUUGAUUUGAAAUGAUCAAUGUUCGUGCAACCCUUUAUAACCCUGAAUAAAUUCACCACUAUGAAAUACUGUAGUCAGUACAGUCUACAGUCAGGAGACUGUGGUACCAUACAUUACCUGAAGAUCAAGGCAGGAACAAAAACAAGUUUAACCCUGUUACCUAACUUAUACAUGGAAAGUGAAUAAAGAAAUACAUUUAAGUAUGCCACAUUUGUGUAUUUGUUCAUUAUUUUCUAGAAGUUGAUGCAUUCAAUCCUCCUAGUUACCUAAGAGUGAAAUGCAGCCAUUAUCUGCAAUUUAAGAUGGAUUAACCUAUAGGUUCAUUUUUGUUUGAAGUAGAUUAAGACAGUUUUAGUUACAAGAUUCACAAUAAUAAUAUUACAAUGGCUAAAUACAACCCUAAUCAUGACUUGCUGUUGCGGGUCAAAGGAAUCUAAAUGAAUUUCUAUUAAUGACUGAAUGAGUGCUUUAGAGAGGGUUACUGUACAUGAGGACAUACAUAAAAUACUGAAAUGACAUUUGUAUCAGCUCCUCUACCUAAACAUGCAAUUGGAUAUUUUAGGAAUGAUAUCAAGCAUCCAGAUGCCUAUAUUCAGUGUUUUUAGGGGUGUCUGGGAUCCUUCAACAGGACAAAGAGACACAGUGCAGCUGUACUGUACUCUACAAGGGCUGUUCUUCCAAACACUGUGGAAUGAAAGGACAAGGGCUAUGUGACAGGCCGCAGUGUGACUCUUGCUGAGCCUUUAGUGCAGGAGAACAGUGUCCAGUGUCAUUUGAGUAAAAAUUAUGAAUAUAAAAAUAUUGAAUAUAUAUAAAGCCUUAUUAACAAAGGCUUUCACUGUGUUAAUAAGUUUAUACCACAGAGAUUUGCCCAUGAUAACAAUGUUUCAUUUAUUAACCAUUAACA